AUGAGGGCUGCAUUUAUACUACUGCUAUUGGUACUGCAAGCAGUUGCUUUUCAACUUCCAUUUCAGUUGCCCGAUUUUUUCGGAAAAACGGACACAAACAUUGAACAAUCAUCAAUUCACUACUCGGAGUUGGAUCCUUCAGUUCAUCCUAUAAAUCUAUCCCAGUACCAGAACAAGUAUGUGAUAACAAUCAAGUAUGGCGGAAAUGAUGAUUUGAAAAAAACACUCUUGAGACCCUCGGCUCAAAAGGAGUUUAAUUUCACCAAAUGGGGCCGCAGCAAUACCCAGCAAACUAUUGAUAUACAAAUUGACGCAGAGAAUAUGAAAAAAAUGAUUGAAAGAUUUCCAUCGAUGGAGUUUCAAGUACUUAUAGAAGACUUGUCCCAAGCAGUAUUUGAAACCUACCCCGCACACGAGUCUUUUUAUAAUCAAUCGUUGAAGGCUAAAGAGGAAAUGGGAGGAGACAUUCACAGUUACUCAGAGUUGUUUUUCAAGGAGUAUAGGGACUUGAAAGCUAUCGACUCGUGGCUUGAUCUUUUGCAAUCAACAUACCCCGAUGUUAUUAGCUUGGAAGAGAUUGGCGAGACUUUUGAACACAAAAAGAUCAAAGUAGUUCAUUUCGCUACACCCAAUGAUGAUUUAAAGCAUGACGAAAAGAAAACAAUUGUUAUAACAGGAGGAGUCCACGCUAGAGAAUGGAUAUCCGUGUCAACUACAUUAUACGUUAUGUAUCAAUUGAUCCAGCUAUACGAAACAAACCCUACUUCAAAAGCCCUCACAAACUUGAACUUUUUAUUCAUUCCGGUGAUAAACCCAGAUGGAUACGAAUAUACCUGGACCACGGAUAGGCUCUGGCGCAAAAACCGUCAACAAACUCCCGUCCCACACUGUUUUGGCAUUGAUAUUGACCACUCGUACGAUUACCAUUGGACCAAGUCUUCCGACUGGGCAUGUGGUGAGGAGUACAGCGGAGAAGUUCCAUUUGAAGCUUUUGAGUCGCGUAUUUGGGAUCAAUACUUGAAUGAAACGAAUGCAGAACACAAGAUAGCUGGCUAUAUUGAUUUGCAUUCAUACUCUCAGGAAAUCCUUUACCCUUAUGCCUAUCUGUGUAAUCAGCAACCUAGAGAUGAAGAGAAUUUGCUUGAGUUGGCAUAUGGUAUUGCACGAAGCAUUCGUUUACAGCUGGGACAUACAUACCAAGUUCUUCCUGCAUGUAUAGAUAAAGAUGCCGACUAUUUGCCAGACUUGGGGUCAGGAACAAGCUUGGACUUUAUGUAUCACAACAGAGCAUAUUGGGCUUACCAAUUGAAAUUGAGAGAUACAGGCGGACAUGGAUUUUUGCUUCCCUCAAAGUACAUCGAGCCAGUGGGAGACGAGAUCUACGCGGCAAUCAAAUACUUUUGUAAGUUUAUCCUUAGCGAUGAUCGUUAA